AUGUCUGCUCCUAAGGGUCCCUUCCACCUCGUUACUGUCAAUACCGCGCCGGAGCGCGCCAAGCGCCUUAUCGGUCGCCUGGUCGAGGCGUUGAAGGACCAGUACACCAUCAUCCACGUCGAUAAUUGCGAAAAGAUCGACGAGGUCGAAGGCAAGGUCAAGGAGCACAACCCCGAGGUUUUGUUCAGUGCGUCAAUGUGGUCCGCCGAAGAGGCCAAGCAGAUUCACGAUAUUGCUCGCUCCGUUCGCCCUGAUAUUAAGCUGCAUGCUAUUCCUGAGGGUUUACAGGUUGAGCGUGGCCCCGAUGCCAUUGUGGAAUAUUUGUGUGAGAAGGUUCCUGGGCUGCUGGACAGCUAG